AUGGGUUAAAAAGAAAAAAAUUUCAACAACCUGGACAAAAAUAAGUAUCAUUUUUCAGUUAGAUUCUAGGAUAGAAAUUAUUGUAAAUCAGAAAAUGAAACCAUAAAUUAAACUAUUCUGCAUUUUCUAGUUUUAAAUAGAAAAAAAAGGUUGCUUCUCCAAACUAAAACCACUACGUCUGUCUUCCUUUUAAGUUGUCGGCUAAGCUAUCUGGUUCUAUUUCACAAAUUUUUUCUUAAAAAAAAUUAGAAUAAAAGGUUAUAAAUAAAUCAGUUUGUUAACCUCCAAUCUUCCUGAUUCUAUCAAAUAGAUAUAGCAGACCUGGAUUAUGUAGGUUGAUGACUGUUUAAGAAAAUAAAUAUUUAAUCGCUAAAACCCUUUCUUCUAUAUGAAAGAUCAUGCGAUAAAACAGCCUGUUGAUUGUAAUUUGAAUUAGAUGAUAUUUUAAGAUUGGAAAGGUAUAAUCUUUUUUGAAUAUUACAGUAAUAAUAAUUUGAUUAUAUAGAUAGAAAAAAUUAAAAUAGUAUAAGUUUUAAUUCAAUAGUGAUGGGGUUUGCAAUAAAAGUCUUUGUCAAGAAAUCAAGAAAUAGUGCCUCAAUUUAUCUAAAUUGACGGAAACUAAGUGAAGCUAAAAAAUCUAUUAAAUUUGCUUAUUCCCUUAUUUCUAAGGAAAUUGUUCCAGGUAAUGCUGCCAGUUUAAAGAAAUAUAAAUUAGGUAAGCAUCUGAUCUAUCCUUAAAGUUCUUGAAAAUCAAAAGUGCUAAAGAAAUUAAUUACAAUGUUAAAUUUCAAGAGAGUAUAUAUCAUUAUAAAAAUAGAAAAUAUCGUAGAAAUAUGUAAUGUAAUUGAUGUGAAAUAGAAUCUAAAUAUUCUAACUACAUGUAAUUUCGCAUAGAUUACAUCUCCAUAGAAAGAACUAUCUUGA